ACCACAUAUUCUGUGAGAAGCUGAAGUGCAGAUCGUUUUCUCUCACCGAUCCAAAGUGUAGACCAGGGGAACUCAAAUAGGAAUCUCAAACAUCCACAAAAAUAUUUUUUACUGAAUCAAACGUCCAGGGGUGGGGGAGGUGGGUGGACUUGUCACUGCACUGAUAUUUAUCUAUUUCCAUUUCCUACAGUUGGUUAAGCCACAAGUCAUAACACUGUCAUAUUAAACAAUGCUUAAAAAAACAUCCAAGAAAAACACUAAAAUAAAACAAAAAGAAAAUGACAUUUACAUUUUGACAUAAAUUCAAGCAAAUACCCUUGAUACAUGUACAGUUCCAAAACAAAAGGGGUGAAAAAUUGCAAAACACAGUGAAGGAAAGGAAAACAACAUGUACCACGAGCCGCCAUUUGAGGACCACUGGUGUAGACCUUCAGUGUGUGGGGGUCACGUAUGAAUUACGUUGUACAGAUCUUUCUCUGAUGGCAGGUGAACUGACAUUUAUACUUUGUUCCCCCUGAUAUUAUUCCCAGAUGUUUUGAGUGUUUCCACUAUCUGGGACACAGCAGCGGUUGUUUUCUCUCAGCGUUAAUGGAACAUAAUAUCAGUCAAUAUGUAAUGACUGUGAGGAGACCUGGAUCCUGAUUGCACAUCAGAACAGAACAGACUUCAGCGUCAGACCUGGUCCAGCUGCAGCGUCCAAGGAAGCAAUCAGUUUCUGGCCCAGGUGCGGUUUUCGGCAUCUCUUUGACCACGAGCUGUGAAGAAACAGUUUUCUGUUUCCUCACUUCUUUCCUGAAUCAUUUUGAUACUAAUUUGAUCCAUCCUUUGAGAUCUGUGUCGAACCGCACUGUUGGAAAUUGUGACAUAGCGGUCAUCCUCUGUGUAGAGUCAGUCUCAGCAGAAACCUGGGGCUGUGCUGUGGAAAAAAAAAGAAAAAGAAAAACCUCCGCCCUCCCUCUAUUAGGUUACUCUGUCGUCUGUUCUUCAGACCUGUCACGUCUCAUGAGCUGUGGUUCUUCUGGACAUCUACAUACUUAUCAGCACCAGAGCAUCAACUUGCCGGUUGUGCCCUUCAGAGCUGCAGCAGCGCGGUCUCUACUUUCCUGUCUGCGUGUUCCUGUCACUGAUGAAUGUGUUUAAGAUGCUACAACCCAGUCCUCUCUGCUCCGCUGCCCUGGUCUUCUGAUCCAGGAUAUGAACCGCGUUACCAGCUGUUUAAUCAGCAACAUAAAAGCCAGACACAAACCAGCUGGGUGUCAUCCAGGAUUACAUGUUAGGAGAGGAGAAGAGCUGAGAGGGAAACAUGUAAGGGGACGGAGAAACAUGGAGGGAAUAUCACAACAGAUAAAGGUAGGAAAAUAGGACAAGAUGACGGGUUAAAAGAAAAAAACAUUCAAAGAAAAGCGGGGGGUUAUUAUGAGUGCAGGGGUGGAUGUCUGUGACGGAUUAAAGGCCUGGUCCAUGUUCUACUGCUGUCGACAGCAGCAGCAUCUUCAAUGUACAACGGCCUGUCAUCACUUCAGCCUGACUUCACCUGGACACUGUGGAUGAAAAGCUGUCAUACCUUCUGUUGGACGUCUCUAUUAAAGACUUUUUUUGGGAAAAAAAAAAAAAAAACCCUUGGUCACCAGACUCAGUAGGUGGCAGUAAUCGAGUCUGAUAUUAAAACUCAAAGGCAAAAGCAUGAGCCACGGGAGUUAGCAGAAUCAGCUAAACCUAAAAGGAGACUUUAGGAAGUAAAAAACCUCUUAAAAAAUAUUAAUAACAUAUGUUGUAAAAUUAAGUUUUUUGUUGUCAAAGUAAUGGCUUAUGUUUAAGUGUUUUUUAAAAUCAAAUAUAUGUAUGAAAUAUUAAAAAUUCCGUUUCCACUUUUGGGCUGGAUUUUAUAUCUGCAUACCUAGCCCCACCUGCAGGGAAGGAUGUAGAAUUACAGGUAUUUUGUAAGAUCAAAAAAAAAAUCAUUGUGUUUUUGUUUCACCUGCUAUGAAAAAAAGGUAUAAAUUAAUGUUAAAAAAAAAUUUAAACCCAGUAUUGUUCAGUUCCAACAUCAGGACCAUGUAACGAGACUUGAAUACCUCUUGACAUCAAUUAAUCCUUUAUAUUUGUAGUAGUACCUGAGGUUUACAUCACCCCCCAGAGCCAGACUUUUUUCUUUCUUUCUUUUUCUAAACCUGGAUUAACAUUAUAAAACUAAAGAGCGUCUGUCCUUUAAGCAACUGUCUGGACAGCAGUCUUUCAAGCUAAAUCACUGUGCACUCGGGUGACAAAGGUAGUAUCACCUCCAAGCAUCUACAGUUACAUCAAACAAGUCCAAUACUUCCUCCCACUCCCCAGUUCAGUUGGUUGUCCAUUGUCUCAAACAAAAGAACUUGACACUUUGAAUUGAAGCCUGUGAUGGAUCGCUUUUGAGGUCAGAAGCCUUUACCGGUAUAUUGGUUUCAUCCCAGCCAGGACCAGCUUUCAGCUCCGGAUAGAUUGUUCUGGAGUGUGUGAAAACCAAAGCAUUACUAGGUGCAGAGUCACACAGGCAUUGUGGGAAAGAUGGCUGUGGUCACGGGCUGUGUUUUUAUUUUAGUAGUGUUCUAUUUUUACUGGGAAAAUUGUGUUUUAUUUAGAGACACUGUCUACAUUUGUGCGUCACAAAAUUAUUCUAAAUGUAUUUAAUCAGAAAAGAAUAAUAAAAAAAAUAUCAUAUUUCCCUGACUUGUUUUUUUUUAGCAAACCUAACAUCAGCAGUUUUUUAAUGCUUUGUGUCUUGGCAGAUCAGGAGUCAGGAUUACACACACGUCGAGUUGUUAUGAAGUAAUUACAUCAAUAAAAUAAAUAGUAAAAGACAGGACUAAAGUCAUCAUUUCUUUCAGAAACAGACUGUACCUGGCUGCAGCUGAAAGACUUCAUUGUCUCUCUUUUCCUAUUAUCACCUCACCAACAUGGUUUGAGCUCCAACAACCAAACAAAGGAGCCUCUAUAAUAAGAGUAUCUCUAACUUCGUCAUCAUUGGCAUGAUGGGGGAUGCCUUCAGGAAACACAAUUAUUAUCAGAUAACAUUUAUACUCAUUCUGUAACUCUGUUUAAACGGGUCUCAACCUCUAUGGGAACUGUCUUCCAGGUUUUCAUCCCUCGUCCUUCCAGACAUCUUUUUGUUUGUUGACUUGAUUAGGAAUGACAAUAAUUCUUACACUUUAAUGUUUUGCACUGAAUAUAGAAAAUAAUCCAAUCUCUGUUGUCACCAAAUGAAUUAUGACUUAUUUUCCACAUUACUGUGUAUAUACGUAUGACCGUCAGUAAAAAAAAAAAAAAAAAAAGGGUCAAGCGCACAGUUAAAACACACACAGUGGAUAAUUUUAUAGCUUUCCCCCAACGGGGCUCCUGGUGCCGGUGUCGAGACGACAAUGCUCAGGCAGCAGCGCUGCACACAGAUCAGUUACAUUCUUUGUCAGUUGUGAAUAGGGGCGGAGGAAGCAAAGUCAUUACAAUCCUAUAAAAAGAAAGUAUCCGAGAUCAUAAAACAGCCGGCUGCAGGACCAAAGUGCUCACUCACUCACCCACUCACCCAGUCACCCAGUCACAGAGACGCAGACAGACAGACAGAGAGAGAGAGAGAGAGAGAGAGAGUGGAAACCUGCUGUCAGCUUCCUCCCUGCCUCCCGGAGCAUCAGCAUUUAAACAGGUUCUCCUAUUGUCUCCCUCCACAUUGGGCUCUGUGUCUGGAGAUGACUCUGUGGAUGGCAGUCAUUCCACUCCAUCUCUGAGUCCCAGCAACAAAGACCGGGUCUCAUCACUAUAACAGUCUCCUUCUCACUGCUGGACAAGCGCGUCACAUGGACACUGCCAGGGCGCACGCUCCUCACUGAUACACACACGCGUUCACCGACCUUGGUUGUUUUAAUUUUUUUUUUUUUAAGUAUUUAACUUGAACAAGGAUGCCAGCCAUUACAUGGAAUAGUUGUUGUCUUGUGGUGCUUCUCGUCGCCGCGCUAAGGACGGGGACAUCUCAGGUAUCAGAAGCGCGCCCCAAGGCGAACUCCAUCAAGCCAGCCGUGCUGGGGGAAACCACUACACCGGCUACAAACAGGACCACUGCCGUCCACCCUGGAACCACCAAGAAACACAACAUCCUAGCGCAGCAGGUCUAUCCAUGCAGCAAUGACAAAGAGUGCUCUCUGGGCAGCUACUGCCACAGCCCCCAACACGCCCCGUCCCGCUGCCUCACCUGCCGCAGAAAGAAGAAACGCUGUCACCGAGACGCCAUGUGCUGCCCUGGAAACCGCUGCGGCAACUAUAUUUGUGUCCCCACAACGGAGAGCGUGCUGUCACCUCACAUCUCGCCGCUCGAUGAGCACAACAAGCUCUACAACAAAGACAACUGGAAAAAGACCGUCAAACCACAGGCCAAGCAUUCCCUCAAAGGGCACGAGGGCGACCCCUGUCUGCGCUCAUCCGACUGCUCGGAGGGCUACUGCUGCGCCCGCCAUUUUUGGACCAAAAUCUGCAAGCCGGUGCUGAGGCAGGGAGAGGUGUGUACUAAGCAGAGGAAGAAGGGUUCUCAUGGCUUGGAAAUCUUCCAGCGCUGUGACUGCGCCAAGGGCCUCUCCUGCAAGGUGUGGAAAGAUGCCACCUCCUCAUCCAAGUCCAGGCUCCACAUGUGCCAGAAGAUCUGAAGCAGAAGCAGCUGCUGCCGGCAUUGAGGCCUCGGUCUCCAUCUGCCAGAGAAAAGUUUUUCUUUUUUUUUUUCUUUUUUAUUUUGAAAGGAUGGGUUGAGGCUGCAUUGAAAAGGACUUAAAUACAGAGACUAACGAGAGACAGGACAGACUGUGUGGGUUCGAGUCCACUAAGAACGCUCAGAGUCAAUGGGAUUGUUUUAAUGUGUCUCCAUCGCAGCGCCCACACACACACACACCCACACACACUCACAGCUAAUGCUCCCACAGUGUAACAAGGCCUUCUACACAUUCAGCCACUGUGAUUGGUGGAGUUUUUACACGGAGGCAUCAGACGUAAACGCUCAUUCUGAGACGGCAGACAAACCAUUUACAAACAAAACAUCUUUGACUCCAUUCCAAAAUCUUUUUGUUUGAAAGAUCAAACUUGUUGCUGGUGUUACGCUACUGCAGUUUGUCAUCUUUACCAAAUGUCACUGUAUUGCUGUUGUUGUUGGUUUCUCUUUAAAUAUCACACUGAACUCAGUUUUUGUAACAAAUCCCAGACUCCACCAAUACUGGUCUCAUCACAGAGGGCGCUAAUUGCAUCCACUGCUCCCUCCAGAGCUGGACAUGUGUGAAGAAAGAACAUGUACAACACGGUGAUGAGUUUCAUCUGCUGGAUAAGCUCCUCGCCCCAAUGUUUUAGCCACAAGGGAAAGAUAACGUUUUGUGUCCGAUGUGGAAAUCUGGUUUGAUCUGUCGGACGCAGCUGCAGUCUGUUGUGAUCAAACUGUGUGGAUGAGAACGGUUCGCACUGAGCUGGUGCUGAGCUGCAGACUGGCUGAGCCCAACAGUAGACACACACACACACACACACACACGCAGUAUGGCUCUGCUUUUCCAAUCACAUGAACACAAUCCAAGGGUACGAUGGAAGUGCAAUUUUUUCCACUUGCAAAGCCAGUAGGAAUGGACACACGAGAAGAUUAAUUAGAGUUACUGAAAUGCUCCAUGAACCUGAUGUUUGGGAGGAGAAUUACAGAAUGAAUCAACAUUUUGUUGGUGGCACGCAGCCUUGUGUAUGUUUAGGUUUUUGGUUCAAAAUAAGACAGAAUUCUUUCCUCCUGUUCAGUCAUUUAGGUGAGGCAGCGCCGCUCCUUCCUCUUCAGAUUUCCUGGUUUCACAGUAUCAAAUACACAGGUUUUUUUUAAUCCAUUUAAAAUAUCAAUAAGCUCUUAUAUUGUAAAUAGAAUGAAAAACAAUGAAAAUGUAUUUAAAGUCAGUGUAUAUCAUGUACAUAUAAUUAAAAAAAUAUGAAUCCUACACAUUACAGCAAAUCUAGGUGAGAAGAGAAAUGGGACGUGACAACUU